AUGGCCGAGGAAAUUUCCAUUAGCAAGGAAGUCUUCCACGACCGCCUGUCGUCCUUCAUUUCUCAGUGGAAGGCCGACAAGCGUUCCGGCGAUGCUGUCUUUGGUGGCGCGAGCUCCAUCGUCGUCUUGGUCGGCAAGGCGAACGAGUCGAGCAUCUAUCCCAAGAACGUCGCGUUCCAGCUCUGGUUGCUAGGCUACGAGUUCCCCACGACCCUCUUCGUCAUCACCCAGGACGGGAUUCAGAUCAUCACCACCAAGAAAAAGGCUACAUAUCUCGAGCAUCUUAAGGGUGGCAAGGUCCCGGUCGACGUGCACAUUCGCGGCAAGGAUGCUGAGGCAAACGCGAAGCAGUUCACGCAGUGCCUGGACGUGAUCAAGAAUGCGGGAAAGAAGGUCGGCAUUCUCACCAAGGACGCCUCAAAUGGCCCCUUCGCCGAUGAAUGGAAAAAGGCAUAUGGCGAGAUUGCCAAGGACAUUGAGGAGACAGAUUGCUCGCUAGCGCUGUCCAGCGCGGCGCUGUCAAUCAAGGACGAGAGGGAGCUGCGCGCCAUCCGCGAUGCCUCCAAGGCCUCGAGCGGCAUCGCCAAUUACUUCGUCGACGAAAUGUCGGAAAUUCUGGACGCGGAGAAGCGGAUCACCCACCAGGCCCUGGCCGACAAGGUUGCAGCGAAACUGGACGACAACAAAUUUUUCCAGAAGCUCAAGGUCUCGAACAAUUUCGAUUUCAUGAACCUCGAUUGGAGCUUCGUCCCGAUAGUCCAGAGCGGUGGCCAGUACGACCUAAAGUUUCUCCAAGAGGCAGAUCAGAACAACCUACACGCAGGCGUCAUAGUCGCUGCUCUUGGUCUUCGCUACCAGAGCUAUUGCUCGAUGGUGGCGCGGACGUACAUGGUUGACCCGAACAAGUCGCAGGAGGCCAACUACAAGCUCCUUGGACAGCUUCACGAAACCGUCUUGAGAACAAUCAAGGAUGGUGUUGUGGUCAAGGACGUUUACAACAAGGCUCUCGGUCUGCUGAAGUCCAAGAAGCCUGAAUUGGAGAAGAACUUCCCGAAGAACGUUGGCUGUGGCAUCGGUAUCGAACUGAGGGACCCCACAAUGAUGAUCAACGCCAAGAACAACCGCACUUUGAAGGACGGCAUGACUCUUCAAAUCACCACAAGCCUCAGCGACAUCCAGAACCCGCAGCCCCAGGACAAGAAGAGCCAACGUUACUCCCUCAUCAUUACCGACACUGUCCGCGUGACGACUGCAGACACGGUCAUCUUCACCAAGGAGGCAGCCUCGGAUAUCGAGUCGUGCUCGUUCUUCUUCAAGGACGAGGAAGAGGAGAAGGAUACCAAGCCCAAGGCUAAGCGCGACUCGCGGGUUGGCGCCGUGGCCCAAUCCAACAUUACCAAGACUCGUCUGCGGCACGAGCGCCAGACCAACCAGGAUGCGGAGAAGGAGGCGGCAAGAAGUGCCCAUCAAAAGGAACUCCACGAGAGAAAGCGGCGCGAAGGUCUCGAGACCUACGGCGCUGGUACCGGCAACAUCAACGGUGUCGCUGAGAAGAAGUUCAAGCGCUUCGAGUCUUACAAGCGUGACAACCAGUUCCCGCCCAGAGUUAAGGACCUGAUCGUCUUCGUCGAUGAAAAGGCUCUGACCGUCAUCCUCCCCAUCAUGGGUCGUCCGGUGCCUUUCCACAUCAACACUAUCAAGAACGCCAGCAACAGCCCCGAAGGCGAUUACACCUCUCUGCGUAUUAACUUCCUUUCUCCGGGCCAGGGUGUUGGCAGGAAGGAUGACCAGCCUUUCGAGGACCCCACCGCUCAUUUCGUCAGGAGUUUGACUUUCCGCUCUCGCGAUGUGCAGCGUAUGGAGGAGAUUGCCAAGCAAAUCACCGAGCUGAAGAAAGAGUCUGUGCGCCGGGAGCAGGAGAAGAAACAGAUGGAGGAUGUCGUGGAGCAGGACAAGCUGGUCACUGUCAAGAACCGCAAGCCCGCCGUUCUCGAUAUGAUCUUUGUCCGUCCCGCCUUGGAUGGCAAGCGCGUUCCCGGAUCUGUCGAAAUCCACCAAAACGGUCUUCGUUACAACCACGGCAAUGGACAAGUUCUUGAUGUUCUGUUCAGCAACAUCAAGCAUCUGUUCUUCCAGCCCUGCCAGCACGAAUUGAUUGUCAUCAUCCACGUGCACCUGAGAAACCCGAUUAUGAUUGGCAAGAAGAAGGCCAAGGACGUGCAGUUCUACCGCGAAGCCACCGAGAUGCAGUUCGAUGAAACCGGAAACCGCAAGCGCAAGCACCGCUAUGGUGACGAGGAAGAGUUCGAGGCUGAACAGGAGGAGCGCAGGCGUCGUGCCGCCCUCGACAAAGAGUUCAAGAUGUUUGCUGACAAGAUUGCCGACGCCGGCCGCAACGAGAACGUCGCUGUCGACAUUCCUUUCCGCGACCUCGGCUUCAACGGUGUCCCGUCGCGCUCCAGCGUCUGGAUCCAGCCCACGACCGACUGCUUGAUCCAGCUCACCGAGCCGCCUUUCCUCGUCCUCACGCUGUCUGAGAUUGAGGUUGUCCAUCUGGAACGUGUUCAGUUCGGCCUCAAGAACUUCGAUAUGGUGCUUGUCUUCACGGACUUCACCAAGCCGCCCGCGCACAUCAACACCAUCCCCGUCCAGUCUCUCGACGCAGUCAAGGACUGGCUCGACUCGGUCGAAAUCCCCUUCUCGGAUGGUCCGGUCAACCUGAACUGGGCGACGAUCAUGAAGACAGUGCAGGCAGACCCGCACCAAUUCUUCAUGGACGGCGGAUGGAAGCUUAUUGCGGCGGAGUCAGACUCGGAGGACGGCGCCGGCAGCGAAGAAGUCGAGUCGAACUUCGAGAUGAGUGACAGCGAGCUCAACGAGAGCGAGUCGGAAUCGGAUGAGGAGAGCGACUUUGACGAAAACGCAUCGGACGAGGAGAGUGAUGCAGAUGUGACGGACGAGAGCGAAGGCGAGGACUGGGACGAGAUGGAGAAGAAGGCGAAGAACAAGGAUAGGGAUGCGGGAUCGAGCGACGAGGACGAUAGGGGCGGCAGGAAGAGGAAGAGGUAG